UCGAAUCAACAAAAGUGUUGUCUGCCUCCAUCAGAAAUCUAAACCAAAACAAUAAUAUUUCGCAAUUUGUUUUGUUUUUGGUAGAGUUUUGAGUUAGUUUAAUUCAUUAAAGUCACUGUUGAACAGCUAAAUUAUGGAUUUGGAUGCAGCUGGUAUGGGAAACUCGGACCUCCUGCAGACAAUUGCGGCCUUGAAUUGGGCCCAAACUGGCGAUCCAGCAAUGUUUGAGAAAGUUGCAACCUUUCGAGUCGGGUAUGAGCUGUACCAGCGGUUCAGUGGGCAGCGAGAGGUGGAUGCCCUCAGAGCCCAAACUAUUGCAGCCAUUGCAAAGUACGUCAAUGACAAUCCGAGAGCAAAAAGAGAAGACCUUCAGAAGGAAAUAUCAAAACAUAUAUUUGCUUUCGCUCACAAAGUGGACAGUCUUUGAGUGCAAUGGUGAUGAAAAAAUUUUGGGAAUAGGCAGGGAAAUGGUUGAUGAAAUUUGAAGAAAAAAAUAUGUAAAAAAAGAAACUUUGCCAGCUAAACAAACCUUGGCUAACUGGAACCAUUUUUAUAACUUCAGAAAGUAUUUGAUGGACUUUACUAGGAAAUCGUUGUUUGUUAUUCUCAAUAUUUACUGUUAAGCAUAGCAAUGAAAAUCUUAUCAGUAAGAUCAUUUACAAUUAUUUGGACAAAUAUAAUCAACUCAAAUGCACUUUUGAAAGUGUUUCUAGUGUCUUAUAAUAAUAAAAACUUUACAUCAUAUGCUCAUGUACACUACACUGACCAUUGUGGCCUAAUCAAUAUUUUAAAAGAAGCCUUGGAAAUACACGUAGAAAAACAGAUCAAGAAUAUUUUUGGUUGGCUGUUGAAUUAAUCACUAUAAGGGUUUCUUAGUUCUGGUUUAAUCAUAAAUUUAAGAUUGAGGGCUUUUAGCUCACAACUAUUGUACAGUUAUAAAGAUUGAUUUUUACUUCGACAUAUGGAUCAGAAACCGAAGGAAGUACCUUGAAAUGGAAUUAUGAAUAUAAAUGACUUUGGAAACAUUUUUUAAAGGGGUCUAUGCCCCUUUACCCUGCAAAAUUGGUCAUGAAUCCCACAAACUUCGAACAGACCCUUGGUUAUUUAUCAGAAUUAUCUUCUGUUAGAACCUCUGAUAAAUAUUCGAGUUUUUAUCUUUUUUUGUUGCAUUUAGUAAAUGUCUAUGUAUAUAUGCAUGGGUUUUCGAUAAGGUAAUUGUUGGCUUUAAAUAAGAGUUUUGGUUUAUAGUGUGUUAAUGGUAAACUAAAUAAGUCCUCUUUCAUUAAACUUGCCAACUUCAUCUGACCGACCAUUAAUGUUGUUUUAUUUUAUGUUGUGAAAUAAAUUUCUUCUGGUAUAAAUUUUCUUCAGGUUUAAAUAUUGUUAUUUUGGCAGAUUUAGACCUAAAUAUUUAUAUCUAAAUCUGUGUUUCAAAUGAAUUAAUAUUUAAUGCUUUUUUUAAAUCCUUUAUGCCAUAGUUUUUUCAUAUACAAGCACCUUACUGCACAACAUGUGUUUCUGCCUUGUCCAUCUUUCAAUCUCUAUCUUUCCCAGCUUGGGUAAGACAACACAAUCAUGCAACAACGAGCCGUAUAGAAAUAAUUCAAUUGGCGCAAUUAAAGUCUGGUGUUUUUAAAGGUAAAGGUCAUUAUAAGAUGUA